UACAAAAAGGUGUUCUCCAUAAUUUAUUUUAUUUCAUUUCCAUUUUAAUAACAAAAUCUACAGCUGUUAUAUAAAGCAUAACUGUACCUAAGAUCUCUUGCUGGAAACUGUUAUCUCCAUGGUGCGUUCUUGAACGGACAGCCACAAACACAAGUCUCUCGACACCUAAAUCAACAUGUUUAUAUCUGAAAAAGUUGCACAGUCCCAUCUGAAUUCGAAUCCAAAUGUCAUAUCGCCUGUAUACGUCGAUGCAUCUUCCAAGUUCAGCAAUUUGUGUGAUUUUAGUUUUAAGAAAAUUACAAUAUACUCAGUGGAUUCGAGCAUUUCAGUUAUAAAAAAAACAGCCAAUGUAUUUUCUACAGCUUAAAAAUCCAGUUCUUAAUGAUGGUGAGAUAAAGAUGAAGCAACUUCACGAGUUCUUCACAUUUCUCAAAAUCCCGUGCGAAACCAUUAUUCCCGAGGAAACGACUCUCCUAUUAAUUAUUAUUCCUUUGGUUUUUGAUAAAAUAGUCCAGGCGGCUGCAGAAAAUAAAGCGUGUCGUUCCAGUUCCAGUCCGAGGGACAUUCCUCUGCCUAGAUUUUCCCCAUAAAAAAGAGUUUCUGUUUUAUCCAGGGGAAGGGGGGCGAGCUGGUGAGAGACGCAGCUCGAGACGUCCAUACGUGCCUUAUCUUAGUGGCAGUGACGUGAUAUUGCAGCUCCAGUCCUGAGGCUCGGCGAGAAAGCGCUUUCCAUCUCACUCCACAGCGAGUCAGCAGCAUCCUCCAUCCGUCAGGGAUUGCGCUCUACCUGCUACCCGACCUGGGCAUCUCUUGAGGGACGGGCAGACAACGACUAAUGAUCAGUCGAGAUUCACAACAUUUUUAGUCCUGCUCACUUCUGUUGCGCUCUCAUCACUUGGUUACGUUGUGAGGUGGGGGAAAAAGGAGCGAGAUGAUGAUGAUGAUGAUGAUGAUCCAGCCUGGAGUCUAAUGCAUUUUUGCUCAUUGACCAUCUUGUUGCUCUAGACUUCUAUCAUCGGCAAUGGGAGAUAUCGAUUCGCAGGGGAGCGACGCGUUUCAUUUCUAAAAAGGAUGUUUCCAAGUAUGUGGGAAAAAUAGCCAUAGCUUUCAGAGUGCAAGGCCAAAUGACAUAGGAUGAAGGCUGUUCGUAAUUUGUUGAUUUAUAUAUUUUCCACCUAUCUCCUGGUUAUGUUUGGAUAUACUGGUGCCCAAGAUUUCUGGUGUUCCACGUUGGUGAAAGGAGUUAUCUAUGGAUCCUACUCGAUGAGUGAAAUGUUUCCCAAGAACUUCACAAACUGCACUUGGACGUUGGAGAACCCAGAUCCUACCAAAUACAGCAUCUACCUAAAACUUUACAAACGAGAAAUUAGCUGUUCUGAAUUCUCCUUGCUGGCUUACCAGUUCGACCACUUCUCCCACGAGAAGAUCAACGAGCUGCUGAGGAUCAACGAGUCCAUUGUGCACCUGUGUGAUGACGCCAAGAAUAUCAAUGUGUUUUUGCAUUACGACAAAAAUUUUGUGCAGCUCCGGCGAGUGUUUCCUUACGACUACAACGGAUUGACGACGAAGAAGACAGAGGACGAGGAAAGGUCUGUGGUGGAGUUUGUGGUUUUAAACAAGGCGAGCCCGAGUCAGUUUGGAUGUCAGGUGUUAUGCACGUGGUUGGAAAACUGCUUGAAAGCAGAGAAAGCUGAAUCGUGUGGAAUAGUCUACGCUAAAUGCACCUGCCCGCAACAUUUAGGCGAUGGGGAAUCUGAGAGCGUGCUGAUGCUCAGUAACGUGGUGUUGCCUUUAAAUCCCCAAACCGAAGGAUGCCUGACUCCUCAGGUGCGCACGGCGCAGGUGUGCAAUCUGAGCGCAGAGGUGCGGCGCCCAUCCAAGGAGGGUGAGUAUGAACCAGACAGCUGCAGGCCUUUAAUGCUGGAGUUCAUUUCACAGCUUAAUUAUACUGUCUUUAUGAUGCCCCCUUGUAUUCCUCCACCCUUCCACAUAGGAGAACACCAAAAAGAGCUCACUUGUGCUCUGCUACUGAUGUCUUCUUUGUUUCGUUUUAUAACAUUUUCAGGGUUUACCAAAAACAAAUGUUCUUUGUUGAUGUGUUUUUUUUUUUUGCUUUUUUUUGAUGUUACGUCAUUUAAGAUGUGUGAUAACCUGGAUGGUGAUUAAUUGACUAAUUCUUUUUAAUUCUUUUUGUUUUUCGGGACGGGGUACUAAGGUGUUUCUAUUACGUCAUCUUAUUUAUAUUUUAAUAUGUAGUAAAAAGCCAACAUAUUUUUUAGUCUCUUUGGAAUUCCAAGAGGUUUCUAAUGAAACCAAAGCCUGCUUUGUGAAUUCAAAAUGGAGAUAAAACAAUUCCCAAAUACUCUCCGGAAAAGCUUUGGCGACAAAUGUGCAUUUGAAUUUAGCACUUAGCGCUUUUAUUAAUAUCACUCCUGCUGUUUCUGUGAAUAUUUCAAAAUUCCCAUCUCAAAGUGUUUCUCUAUCAAGUAAUAGUCACACACAGCCAUCUUCGUGAUUUAGGAAGAUCAUAAAUGCACCGGCUUGUUUUUAAGCUGAACUUAGUUAAAGCUCCUGACACCGUACUUAGCCUAUAUUGGCCUAAACGUAAUUGUUAUGCUGCUGUCAGACUCCAUCAAUGACAGCCGCCUUGUCAGUCGUCCCUCUGCUGUCCAGCUUUGUCUCCUGCCACGGAAGCUGGCAGCAACAGAUUGCAGCAAAUGCCUUUGAAGGAAUUUGCUUGCAAUGAACAUUUUGAUACGGGGGGAUGACGCAUAAUGGACUCUUAACGGGGUCGCAGACAUUACAGCUAAUUAGCAUCUGUAACAUUUCACAACUGGCACAAGAUAGAGAUCAACUGGAGGCAGGGAUGACCCAGCAUACUGUGAAAGGACAACAGCUCACAGAGAUGGUUGGCCGAGAAUGGAUGCUGACUGUCUCGCUUCAGUUCCAGCACAGUGAUUCAAAAAUAAUGAAUAAUGAGGUGGCGAUAGAGACAGACAGAGAGAGAGAGAGAGAGGGAAGGAGUAACCGUCCUAUGGCUUAUUCCGGUUUUACUUGCUGAAAAUAAUAACCCCCUAGGGAGAAGGUGGCAGCUUUUCCGAUCAAGCGGAACACGGUGCUUUGGAAUUAUCAAGGUUCAGUUGAGUUAAAUAGGCCCCCAAUUUCGUCUUCCAUCCCCCUUUUCAAAUGAGCUUUAAAUUCCUUCCCAAACUAUGUCAUAUUCCAUUUAUGACCUCGUAGCCGAGAGUGAUUUCCAUUUUCUAAUGUUUUAAAUAUGAAUCAAGCUUGAAAUGAAGAUUAAGCCAUUGAUUAUUUUGUUCCCCGGUUAUUAUGUGAGCGUUUUAUUAUGGCACAGACUCUAUAAUUAAUACCACUCCCUCUGUAUCUAUGAAUUCUUAAACAGAACUCCCAUCUCAAAGCAUUUCUAGAUCAACUUGUCAUUAUAAGCGCUGGAAAUAUAGC